UAGGAGGAAAAUAUGCCAACAUUUUAUGAAAAAGUACAACCGGCUAAAAUAGUGAAAUCUCUCCACGCAAAAAUUAAAAUAAUAAGAAUCUCACCUCGGGCAACCUGAGCCUAUACCCGAUUGCCGAGUGGGCGUGGCUGUGGCUGGACGUCUUGAGCACACGUCCCGUAAGCGUAGACCGCAGUCCGUAGUAGUAGGAACCUGUGGUUUCCUUGGGCCACGCCACCAUGGGUUCGACUAGCUUAGCACGGACGUUGAGGUCGCUGUGCAUCCGAGGCGAGUUAUCCCAGGCCGUGAGUCUCCUACACCGGAGAACCGUGUGCCCCUUCUCAAGAACCUACGCUCUUCUGCUGCAAGAAUGCGUGAACCGGAGGGACGCGAGGGUCGGCAAGAGGAUCCACGCGCGCAUGAUCUCCACCGGGUUCAACUGCAACGACUACAUGGCCACCAAGCUGCUGAUCUUCUACGCGAAGAUUGGGGAGCUCGGCGUCGCCCGGAACCUGUUCGACGGAAUGCCGCGUAGGGGCGUCGUGGCAUGGAACGCCCUGAUAUCGGGGUGCACGCGCGGCGGGCUGGAAUCGCAGGCGCUGGAGAUGUUCGGCUCGAUGCGGGCGGAGGGGCUGAGGCCGGACCAGUUCACGUUCUCGUCGGUGCUCUGCGCGUGCGCGAGGCUGGCCGCGCUGCAGCACGGCUGGCGUGUGCACGGCGUCAUGGUCAAGUCGGACGUGGUCGGUGGCAACGUCUUCGCCAACAGCGCGCUCGUCGACAUGUACCUCAAGUGCAGCAGCACCGAGGAUGCACGCCGGGCUUUCGCAGCCGCGCCGGAGCGGAAUGUGACCAUGUGGACCGCGGUCAUCUCCGGGCAUGGCCAGCACGGGCACGUGGGUGAGGCGCUGGCGCUCUUCGACCAGAUGACGCGGGACGGGUUCCGGCCGAACGAUGUGACGUUCCUCGCCGUGCUCUCAGCCUGUGCGCACGGCGGACUCGUCGAUGAGGGGCUGAGGCACUUCUCAUCCAUGCCGUUGGACUACGGCCUCACCCCGAAGAGCGAGCACUACGCGGCGGUGGUUGACAUGCUUGCCAGGGUCGGCAGGCUCCACGACGCGUACGAGCUCGUCAAGAACCUUCCGGACUGCCAGGAGCACUCGGUGGUCUGGGGUGCACUGCUGGGCGCCUGCAGAAAGCACGGCGAUGUGAGGCUGGUCGAGCUCGCCGCACGGCGCUUCUUCCGGCUGCAGCCUGGGAACGCUGGCAAAUAUGUCGUCCUGGCAAACACGUAUGCCGCCUGCGAGAUGUGGGACAGUGUGGCCAGCACGCAUGAGACCAUGAAGUCGCUCGGCAUUAGGAAAGACCCUGCCUGGAGCGCUGUCGAGCUCCAGGGGAAGAAGCACAUUUUCCUUUCUGGGGACUUGUACCACGACGAGUGCUCGGCGAUAUGUGAGGCCUGCAUUGCGUUGGCUGGUGCGAUCAGUCACACCGAGCAGUCCGUACAAGUUACGGAUGGCGUCAACCAUUGCAGCUGGUUGGAGAUGUGAACAAUCCUUGUUGAUUCGUGGGAAGCUAUUGCAUUUUGAACAUUGGCUUACCUCUCCCAAGCUAGCAAGGUAAAUUGAGGGAUAACAGAGUGUUGAAGAAGAGCAUAUUGCCCAGCUUUCGUCAACGGUUAGGUUUGGGGUGAAUUGGUUAGAGCGAGCAUGAAACUCGACAUGGAGAAGCAUGUGGAGCAAAGGACAGGUGUUACUAGGUACACCUCUCAAUUUUGUUUGCCCUUUGCGCUGUGCAUGUCAGUUGUCACUAGGAUUCUUCUACCUUUGCCUUAAAAAAAAGGAUUCUUCUACCUUUGCUUUCUGAUGCAACAGCAAGUACCACAAGAUCUUAUCGCCUGUUCAGGUUCUUCCCAAAUUAUUGAGGCUCAGCCUGCGGACACUUCAAUCACACAUUCACAUCUACAGAUCUACAGAUGCACUCCCCGUGAUUUGGACACUUGCAUAAUUGUGGAACCGUAACUUUUGGAUGUGUAGCACUCCUAUGAAUUGUUGAGUUGCAUGCAGGCCCCUCUCAUUUGUUAGCUGGUCGGGCAAAUCCACAGACAGUCUGUCAAUAACCGGACUGACAGGCAUUGCUGGCAGUGCUGUCUGAAGGAAACAUUAAACUCAAUCAUUUGUCCGGUGAACUCAGACAAGUCAUGCACAGUUGAUCUCACGGCAAGCAACGACUAGAGAUCAGCUUUUGUGAUACUAUCUCUGUAUGUUACCACAGUUGCCUGAGA